AUGCAGGAUAAUACACGAGGUGCAAGUAAUGAAGGAUGGAAACGUCGCAGAACUCAUAUUGCCGAAAGCAAAUCCUGUGAACUCAUUGGAAGAUUACAUCUGGAUUUAUUCCUUCAAGAGAAAAACCUCCCCAUUGGAAUUGAAAUAUGCCUCAAGUUGAACAGAGCCUCCAACAACUUCUGUCUCAUGGGCACCGCCGAAGGAAAAGUUGAUAUUCAACAAGUGGCAUUCAACGUGAGAACGGUUGAAUUACUUCCUGUGGUGGCCAACGAUUUGAAUCAGCAUUACAUGAAGAUCCCGAUACGACGCGCAGUAGUGAAAACAUUUACGAUCCCCGAUGGACAGAGAUCUAAAAUUGAUGAUCACUUGUUUCUUGGACAACUUUCAAAACGACUCGUCAUUGGUAUGGUGAGAAAUGCAGAUACGAAUGGAGCCCCCGGCACCAAUCCAUUUGAUUUCAGACAUUUCCAUUUGUCUAAACUAGAAGUCAGUCUCGACGGGAAAAACCUUCACAACAAAGCCUUCCAACCAGAUUUUGAAAAUGGAGAAUGUAUGCGAUCCUAG